GGCUUCCAGCUUCAAACUUAAUGAGUUAGUCCGAGUUGCUCUAUUAAAAUGUCGUACUUACUUACCGAAAUUGCACUGGAAAUGCUUGGCUACAAGUUUUACGAUCCGAAUGGCGAAUUUCACUUGAUGAAUUUCCAACAACCAUUGCCAAUUGAUGUUCACCCGGAGGAAGCCUCGCUAGAGCAUUUCAUUAAUCAGCCUUCAACAUCGGAGACAGCAAUCGAGAAUGGCCAUCCAUCGACUGCAUACACAAAUGGUUCCGCAACCGCAUCCCCGAUAUCUGUUAACCUGCAGGGGACACCGGUACGUGCAUUGACCAAGUUGGUAAAGACCCAAAAGCAAUCAAAAACGCAGCCAAAGUCGCCAGCAAAGUCGCCACCAAAGCCGAAGCCAAAGUUGCAGCCAAUCGCACCAGCACCGGCAACAAUUGUACUGCCGAACACACCAACCAAUCCGGGUCCGGUUCCGGAUGGGUUUAAGGAGCCAGCACUCAUUGUGCUCCCAAAAAUGUCUCCCAAUCCCAGACGAACGCCAGCCAAGGCCUUGGCCAAAAUCGUCAGCUACGAAACGAGAAACAUACGCAAUGAACUGACACAGCGUUUGGACCACUCGAUGGCGAAGGAGACAGGGACUGCCAAAGAAGAAGCACUGCUCAAAUGCCUUAGCUCGGAGAUUGAGAAGAUAAAGGACGAUGCAAACGAUAUAAAGGAGUUCCGCACGGAUUUGGAGAAGGACUUAAAGCCCAUCGAUGGCAGCCGCUAUGAGACUUAUUUACGCACAUUUGGUGGCGAAUAGAAAACGAGGAGGAAUCCUCGGAAGAGCUAUAGGAACUUCAGAAGCGGGCCCAAUAAUAAUAAGAAUUAACUUAACAAUCUCAUUAGAUAUUUACAAUAAUAGAUAAUAGAAAAGACUGUAACCGCAAAAUUAUAGUUCAAUAAAGUUCCUUAUGCUAUAUUA